GUGUAUUUCUCAGCCUAAAAGUUUAUGCAAAGAACAGCUGUGGGAAUAACAAUCCUAUUUGCAAAACAAACAAAAAGAAUAUGCAUUAAACUUGAAGCUUCGGCUAAUAACUUGCUGGAAAAUUGACCUUUUCUUACUGAACGAGCAUUCUGAAACUAAUUAGUUUUAUUAAUAAGCUGUUUACGUUCGUUUCCCGGUAAAAGGUGCUUUAACGUUCGCAAAAAAAUAAUGAACCUUGUGAGUUCUGUCAGUUGUGUUUUAAUUUGGAAAUAGCGUGCUCAUUUAUAAAAAUGUUUAAAAAAGUUAUUUUCUGAUACCAAAUUUCCAAGAAUUAUCGUUACUUCUUGGGAAAAUACAUGAUUGUCUGACAUGUGGUUCUUGAACUAGUCUUCUUAAAACUUGUUUUGGAGUUUUAAUUAGAUUUUCAAAAAAUUGUUUUUCCCCAAAAUAUAAGAUCAUUUUGACUCGAGGUCGACUUGAGGAAGUUUCGUUAACCAAAAGAUCUGACCUUCCGGAUGAAGCGUGCCAUGUGAGAAGGAUGUGCUACAUGAUUGUGACGUCUCGCACGCUCCUCUGGACGCUGCUCACAAUGGCCACCACCUUAGCCAUGGUGGCCGCCGUCAUCACCCCCACUUGGCUCAUCGGGCCCUCCCGGAGGCUGAGGGGCCGCAGCAAGGCCAGCGCUGAGGACGAGAUUUUUACUCCUUCUCUCGGUCUGUACAAUGGUUGCAUCAAAGUACACGAGAUCGAGCAGCUGUUCACGGAAAAUUGCGCCCCCUUCGUGACGAGCUUCAGCAUGUCCUCCGAGGACUUCCCCAACUUCUGGAAGGCCGCCCUGGUGCUCUUCGUCUGCGGCCUCGGCCUGCUCUCCUUCACGCUGCUCACCUCGCUUUCCUGCUGCUGCAUUCGAAGUGUCUUCAGGAAAUCCGUUUUCACGGUCUCCGGCACCAUUCAGGCGAUAGCAGGCAUUCUGUUUCUUCUGGGCUUGGUGCUCUACCCUGCUGGAUGGGGGAGCCGAAGGAUUCAGAUGGUAUGCAGCAGUAGAGUAGGACCCUACUACAUCGGGGACUGUUCCAUAGGCUGGACCUAUUAUCUUGCAAUUGUAGGAACUGUUGUGACAUUCAUUUGCUCUUUACUUUCCAUACAAGCUGAAGUCUCAACUUCGAGUACCAAAGUGCAAGAAGGCCUAAUAGAAGGCAAAAAUGUUAUCUGUCUCAUUUGAUGAGUAUCUCCAAUGAACAGUUGUUGAACAUUAUUUGGUUUGUCUCUAUCGACAGUGAAGUUGAUGCCCAUUUUUUUUUCUAUCACUGCAUUUAAGCUUCACUGAACAAACUUAAAAAUGUACUCACCUGACAAUCUUUCACUCCACAAAAAAGGGAUUAUGAAAGUAUAACAAAAGCAUACCGAAGAGAAAGAAGAUAGUGUUUAUUAUACUUUUAACGCUAGAGUUCAUUUUUGAAAUUAUCUUUUUCUUGUAUAAAAAAUGAAAGAUACUAGUUAUGUAUUGAUUAGAAACGUCGUUGGAGUACUUUAUAUUAUGUACAGAACAAUUAGAUGUAAAUAUUGCAAGAGAAAUUAGUUGUACCUUUUACUUUAUUCAGUACUAAAUCUUUAUAUAAAAUUCAUUUAACUUUUAAAAGUACAAUGUUCUAAAGUGCCUGAUUUUUGGAAAACAGUUGAAAGGCCACUUAUAGGAGAAAAAAAUCCAAGAAGAUAUUUUAAAAUUGUAUUGGAAUUAUUGUGGAAUCAUAUUUCAUACAACUAGGAAUGAAAGAAAAGACUAAACCCCCUAAAUAUAAGGCGAUACUUUUCCGCCAGUUUUCUCUUUAUUUUCCAUAAAGCCAAGUUAAUCUGUACUUCGGCAAAUCUUUUGUCAACUGAUUCAAAUGCAUGCCAAAUAUAAUUUGGCAUAAGAGCAAUCAAAAUGCACUAAACUGUAAAAGUGUUGACAAAAAUUCAGGCCAAUUCAGAAGCAUUAUGUAGCUUUGUUUGAUCCACUUUCCCACAUUUUGGAGGAUGGCGCAAAUGCUUGGCGAUCACAGUUAUCGACCUGAUGGAAAAGUAUCUGCAAGGUAUUUUAAUCAUUCUUAACAAAGAACAGAUGUUCUGAGAAAAAUGUUAUGACUAGUUUGAGCCUAAUUUCAUUAUACCUGACGUGAGGAUCUUUGAAGGCUUAAACUUACGUUUUAAGACUUCUUUGUGAUCAGGUUAUAUUAAUUUAUCUUGGAAGUUUUGAGCUAAACGAUCAGGAAUUUGUUACAUAAUUGUAUUAUCGUUACAUAUGUUUUAUGUUAUGAGAAUCAGAAUACAGAGCAGACAGUGCAGCUAGCGAAUUUCAGAUAUUGCAUGUAAAUAUGAGAGACUAGUUAAGGCAUGAAAUAUUUAAAUUGUGAUACAACUUUUUAAUAUUACGCAUGUACCUUCUUAUUCAGAUGCAUAUAUUAAGGUAGAUUUGAAUGUCUUUUCUUCGAAGAAAAACGACACAUUUCUUCUGAAACUGUUUAUAGCUGUUUUUUGUGUACUGUUGUAAUUGUGAUGUUUGACAAAGUCUAUAUCUAAGAUAACAAUUGAUCUGAUUUUUAGUUUUAAUAACUGUUGCUGUUUGAAUUAAUUAAUUGACAGAAAAUUUUUAUACCGCAGAAAGUAAUUUCUAACAUAGAAUUUCGCUUCAUAUUUAUUAUAUGCACACAAUUUUGUUAGUUUAUUUAAAAAUUUCUUUUAAUUUAACUAAAAAUAUUAUACAUUACAUUUUAUUUUAUUUAGCGAAAGUGGUUAUUUUUCUUGAGAAUUUAGUGGGGAAAAUAGUCAAUUUUGAAAGGAAAUUAGGAUGUUUGUUUAGAGUUCACACUAAUCAAUCCGGACUAACUAAACAAAUCAUAAUCAUUUAUGUUUUAAACAUGAAUUCAAUUAAAACCAUACGAUUGCCUCUAAGAAUUUUGAAAUUACCUAUUGGGCCAUGAUCAGAAUGGAUAUCUUGUUCAUUGAGGUCUCCAGACCAAUCAUUGUAAGUUAAUAUAUAUCAAAGAAAUAAUUUAUUCCAUUUUUAAACAAUUAUUAUUAAAAAAUAUACUAAUAUUUUUCGCAUUUUUUUCUGUGGAAUGCAAAGAUAGGACUUGAAUUAUUUUACUACUGAAAGUUUCAGCAUUAAUGACCUUAUUAAAUAACAUUGUCAGAUAGACUAACUUAAAACACAAAUUGGAUUCUGACCCCCCCCCCCUGUCGGUUGUUGCAUAUAAAUUCAUCUGAACAAAUUCUAUUUCCUUUCAAAUUAUCGUCUGCUUCCUUUAUAAUAACGUGAUAAUAGUUUCUAAUAUUUUUGCAGGUUUUGAUUUUUUUUUAUAAUAGAAUAAAAUAUUGAACUAUUCAUUUUCAAAGUUUUAUACAAUUGCAAAAUAUUUUGGGCUUUUUUUUUUUUUUUUUUUUUUUGUGACAAAAAUCUUUAUUAGAUCGAUUUUCUAGUGUUCUUUAAAAUUUUUAAUGUUGAAUAUUUUGUAUUUUUGUGCCAUUUGAAAAUAUAUUUGCCAUGUACUAGUAUAAAAACUUGUUUCUUCAAAUGAUCUUUAACCUUUUUGAAAGUAAAGGGAUUUUUUGUUGCAAUUUUAACUGUUUUUAAUGAUAAAUUACAAAAUAUAUUUAUGUUCUGAAAAUUAAAGUAUUUCUGAUAGAUAAAACUUUAAUAUAUUGGCUAAUGUAUUACACUAACCAAUUUCUAAGAUAAUUUUAGUUUUUAAUCAUUUUAAAUUGCAAUACAUUUAGCACAUUAAUUUCUAAGCUUUUUGAUUAAAGAAUUUUAAAACUUGAAUUCGUCUUUAUUUCAGUAAUGCAAAUAAACAUUUAAUGAUUAAUUUGCAUAAUUCCGAUGUUGAAAGUGAUUAAUUUUUAAAUAAAUAUAAAAAAUGUAAUUAUUUAUGCUGUUUGUUAAAUGUAAUAAAAUACAAAUAGGCGUCUUUUGAUAAGCAUGCAUGUAUUGUUUGCUAUUUAGGUGUUUAAAUGUUAUGUUUCCGAUGA